CAGUCUUCUGCGAAGUUCGGUUCUCGGCGACAGUGAUUGAUAAAAGUGUGAAUUGAUUAUAACAAAAUAUACAGUGAAAUAAAUAUGAAAGACAUUGAUACUAAGCCGAGUUCGUUAAAUGAAAUAUUAAGGUCGUUCGAAAAGAGUUUAGGCUUCAAGAACGAUAUUAAGUGGCCGAGUUUUAUAGGGAUCACUUUGUACCACAUCAUUGGAGUUUACUGGUGUUAUCACUACGCUUAUCCUGUGAAAUGGCAGUCAUUAGUAUUCGCUGCCAUUAUGUAUGUAGCGUCUGGAUUCGGGAUUACGGGAGGCGCCCAUCGCCUUUGGACCCACAGAGCAUUUAAAGUCAAGCUACCGUUAAAACUGUUCUUCCUCAUGUGUUUCGCCAGCGCCGGUCAGAACUCCUUAUACCAAUGGGUGCGUGAUCACCGAGUACAUCACAAAUUUAGCGACACUAACGCGGAUCCCCACAAUGCGAACCGAGGCCUCUUCUUCUCCCACAUCGGUUGGCUAAUGAUGAAGAAGAACGAGGAAGUAAUGCUGCGCGGCCAACAAACCGACAUGACCGAUAUAGAGAACGAUCCGGUUCUACGAUUUUACGAUAGACAUUUCAACAAGCUGAAAUUGAUCUUUUGCUACUACCUACCGACGAUGAUCGGUGUGUGGCUGUGGGGCGAGGACUGGAAGACCGCAGUGGCCUGGCAAUGCUUCAUCCGGUUCCUCACAAUGUUCCACAGCGAACUCACAGUUAACAGUUUGGCUCAUACUUUCGGCUACAAGCCGUACAAUAAAAACAUUAUUCCUGCUGAGAACCGUUUCGUUGCCACAUGCACACUGGGAGAAGGAUGGCACAACUACCACCACGCAUUCCCAUUCGACUACAAAGCUGCAGAACACUUCGACUUCUUUAAUUUCGGCACUUGGUUCAUUAGAUUUUUUGAGAAAAUUGGCUGGGCGUACGACCUCCGAGAAGCCACACCUGAAAUGAUCAAUUCUAUAGCCAAAAGAAUGGGUGACGGCACCCCUGUCCACUAUCCAUUAGGAAAUAAAAAUAAAGUGAAUGAUUGUGACGAUAAGGAAAUAAUAGGAUAAACGUUUGUUGUCAUCAGUAUGAUUAAUGUGUUAAUUUAAUUGGUCUACAAAUUGAACUGAAAAAUUAUAAAAGUGAAUGAAAUUCUUAAAUUAAGAAUAGUAUAAAAAUAAAUAUAAGACUGUG